AUGGCACCGACACCCAGCUCUCGUGGAGGGCCUGCUGGUGCUCGUCCCGGUAUCGCCAAGAUUGGCACCGGCAAGUUGUCAGGCAAAACUAUUCUGAGUUCGCGGCACCGCAAGAUUGUGAAGGAUACAAUCCACGGUAUUAUUCCAGCACGCCCAGAUAUCAGGAGAAUGGCUCGUCGAGGAGGGGUAAAGAGAAUAUCCGCUGGAGUCUACCAGGAGAUUCGCAUCGCCAUGAAGGCUUACCUGGAGAAUAUUCUCCGAACGUGCGUCAUUUACGUCGAGCAUAGGGGUGCCAAGACCAUCACGACGGCCGAUGUUAUUCACGGCCUCCAGAAGAUGAGCCGUCCCAUCUACGGAUUCGACCCAGACACGUACGAUGGCCGUACAAUGGCCAGGCACAAUGUUCCGAAACCAGCCGUUUGA